AUGACAGCGGACAGAUGCGCGUUGUCCGCUCGUUUUGUACAGACGUCGCUUUGGGCACGAUUUUGUGUGAAGGCUCUCUUGUGGUGUGGCUUGUGCUUCGGCUCUGUUUGGUGCAUCUUCGAACCGCGACAACCGGAUGCCUUUCGAACGCCGGCAGACCUGAUCCGAAGCAAGGGCUACCGCUGCCAAGAAUUCACGGUCACCACGCAGGACAGCUACGUGCUGUCGAUGCAGCGCAUCCCACACGGCCGCACGGUAGCAGCCUCAAUUCAUGCGCCCCGGAGGCCACCUGUGAUUCUGGUGCACGGAUUCCUCUCGUCAGCCGUUGAGUGGGUCAUCAACUAUCCGCACCAGAGCCUAGGCUUUCUUCUGGCGGACGCCGGUUACGAUGUAUGGCUGGCCAACCUUCGAGGAACGCCGUACGCACGACAACACCUUCAACUCACUGAGCAAGAUACGGAAUACUGGAACUUCGGGCUCGACGAAAUGGGGCUCUACGACAUCCCAGCACUGGUCGACUACGUUCUCGCCUGGACGGGAUGGAGCGAGCUCUUCUACGUGGGAUUCUCGCAGGGCAACGCGGCCGCCUGGAUCACACUGUCGGAGAAGCCGGAGUACAACGCCAAGGCGGCCCUGGUGAAGCUGAACCGCGGCCGAGUGUUGGUGCGCGAGCCUAGCCUACGGUACGCCUCGUACACGACGUGCGACACGACAACGCACAUGCGCUACCUGUGCUCCACGCCCGGGUUCCACUUCCUUGGCGUCAACCACGCCCAGCUGAAUGUGAUUAGGAGAGCGAAGCAAUUCCGCAAGUACAGCUACGGCGUAUGGGGAAACCUCGAGCGCUACGGUCACCCCGUGGCACCCACUUACGACUUGUCGCGCGUCAGGGUUCCUGUGGCCAUGUUCUCCAGCCUGGCCGACUACCUGGCGCCACCAGAAGACGUGGCCGCCCUCCGUGCCAACUUGUGGCACGUGCUGGUCUACGACUACGUAGUGCCGGACCCUAACUUCUCUCACCUGGACUUCGUGCUCGGCUUCCGAGUCUACGAAAUCCUGUACAAGCCCAUGCUGGAACUACUUGACGUGUGGAGUCGAGACUACCUCGUAGUGUAAAAAUACAUCCCACCGUGAACUUCAUUAACAAUGCAUCCCACCGUGAACUGAAGUGGA